GCCCAGGGACAGAGGCAGUGGGAUGUAUCCCCUGGGACUGGGACCUUGGGGAUCAGAAGGUCCAGGGUGGAGGUGUUUGGAGAAGGAGCGAUGGGAAAGGAAGACUGCACGUAGGGAGCCUGCUUGGAGGAGGGCUGGCCGGAGUGGAUCGUGAGAAGAGGUCCACAGGGCACAGGGAAGAGGGAGUUGGCUCUUGGGGAAGUAGAUAGAGAGAGCCCUGGUGGCCGCUGUUGGUGGCAAUUAGAAAGUUGUGCAGGGGGCAGGGCAGCUGCCUUCUCUGCUGAGUAACCAGUGUCUCUGCGGUGCGGUGCGGAAGCCAGACCCCGUCUGAGCCAGCGGAGCAGCUGGCAGCUGCUCUCCUGCGCUUCCAGGAGCGCACUGUGCCUGGGGAAAGAGAACUGGGCGCUUGGAGAGGAGAUCAAGGAGGAACGGGGCUGCUAGCUCUGGCCGGCUUGCUUGCCUACAGUUGCUCCCUCAGUGUUUGGCUGGAGCACUCGCUCUCUCCAGAGCUAGGGAGCUAUUGGGGUGGCGUGGGCUCUUGUCCUCAUCUUGGCUGGUGGGAACCGUGUGUCCAACAGAGGAAGCCUGGUGGGCCUGGCCCCUCUCAGCCCAGCGCCGAUGAGUGCCAGGGCGCCCAAAGAGCUGAGGCUGGCACUGCCGCCUUGUCUCCUGAACCGGACCUUUGCUCCCCACAACGCCAGCGGAGGCAGCAACGCAGGUGUCCGUGGCUCAGGCGCAGGUGGAGGCACCUGCAUCACGCAGGUGGGACAGCAGCUCUUCCAGUCUUUCUCAUCCACGCUGGUGCUGAUUGUCCUGGUCACCCUCAUCUUCUGCCUCAUCGUGCUGUCCCUCUCCACCUUCCACAUCCACAAGCGUAGGAUGAAGAAGCGGAAGAUGCAGAGAGCUCAGGAGGAAUAUGAGAAAGAUCAUUGCAGCGGCAUCCACGGUGGUGGGGGGCUGCCCCGGGCAGGUGUUCAAGCCCCAACCCAUGGAAAAGAGACCCGGCUGGAGAGACAGCCCCGGGACUCCGCCUUCAGCACCCCCUCCAAUGCCACCACCUCUUCCUCCUCUUCGUCCCCUGGUCUCCAGUGCCAGGGUCCCUGUGCGCCCCCGCCUCCGCCGCCGGCCCCCAGUCCACACGGAGCACAGGCAGCUUCCUCCAGUUUGGACACACCUGGCGAGGGCCUUUUGCAAACGGUGGUACUGUCCUGAUGGUGUAGCUCCUCUCCUGACCCCUUCCUCGUUUCCAGCAUCUUCACCAUCCUGGCUUUUGUUCCUCCUUUCUUCCGUUCCGUUCUCCUCUGGCCCCUCUUUCCUCUGCCCUCUUUCCUUAUCUGCCCACCCUUUUACUGUUUCUCCUCCGCCGAGGCACUGUGCGGUAUUUGUAAAUAUUGGGCGAGGAAAGUCUCAGAGGAAGAAAUAACGCUGAUAAUACUUUAUUGAUAUUUAUAGUAAUUAUUAUACUAUUAAUAACACAAUCCAAGCGCAUGACAAAUCACAUAUUUUCUCAUUGUCAAUGAAGGCUGCAUCUUCCCUCUCCACCCCGUGCCCUUCCUCUCCUCCCCCCCAGUAAGGAGGAGAAACCGCACAGGCUACCAAAUAUAUAUAAAAGGCAUUUGACACCGAAGCAAAGGGAGGGGAGGGGGCCGGCGGGUCACGUUGUAUAUAGCUGUCAAGUGAAGGUUUAGUCGCCUUUCUGCCCCUCCCCCACGGGCUUUCACUUUUCCUUUAGCUUCUCUCCCCUCCCCUUUCUCCACCUCCAGCUGGGCUCAGGCAAUAGUUUAUUAUAAAGGAAACAUCUACAUUAAGCACCAGAGACCACAGAGAAUGUCCCAGAAAAAAAAAAAAAUGUUUAGGAUAUGUAACCCCUCUCUAGUCAGUCAUCCAUCCUCUCACUUUUUAGUUUCCCUCUGGCAGAAUUUGAAUUUUACUUAGAAAUAUCUCUCUCGCUGGCCGAGCGCAAACAAAAAUUUAAAAAAAUAAUAAAAAUAAAAAACCCCAAACCAUACAAUCUGCUUUUGCACCCUGUUAGGCUCUGCUUGACUUGUGGAGGUUUUUUUUUUUUUUUUUUUUUUUUUGGUUUGGGGUUUUCUGCUCUGUUUUGUUUUGUUUCCGUUUGGGGUUUUUUGUUUUGUUUUGUUUUGUUUUUCCUUGAGCCUCGGAGAAAUCGGGAGCUGUCCAGCCAGGCCUGGUGCUGAAUAUGUCUCACCUUCAUGGUUAACUUCCUCUGGUUGUGCAGACCAAAGAAGGAGCUGUUUUGGAAAGAGAUUGUCUUGGUUUUGAUUGGUUUCUUUCCUCUUUUUAUGCAAUUGGAUUAGUGUGUACUGUUGUUUUUCUUGUUAUCAUACAUUGCAUAAGUUACCUUUAUGUAAAAAAAAAAAAAAGAAGUAUUAGGUAAUGUGCAGUUCUGAAAAUGCAGUAUCUAACCAACCAGUAUGUUUAUAUUUUAUUUUUAGAAAAAGUGCACCUUUGUUAUAUACUUAUUAUAUUGGUACCAAAUACAGAAGAAAACUAUAGUUCUGUGAUUUGUCCUCCAAACUGUAUAUUCCUGUUCCGACUUUCCAGCUGUUGAUUUAAUGGUUGCCACUGGCUGAGGAAGUCAGUGGUGCGGGCCUGGCUUCUGCUGUUUCCAGAAGUGUUCUUUUGUAUUUUACUCUGUAGUAGACUACUAUAAAAUGAUGACACCCACGUU